ACAGCCCUUUGCCCCAGGCAAGGUAGCUGUAGUUAGCAGCCAAACUGGGCAUGCUCAGAGUCCGCCAGCGGGGGCAGGUUUGCAUUACAAGCAUUUGCACUCCGCGGCUGGCGGGCGGUUGCAGCUGGAACCCCAGUGACUGGAGUUGGAGUUGCCGGGAGUUUUCCCCCUCACCCCUCCCUAGCCGCGCGCGCGGGAGAAGGAACCCGAGCGGAGGAGCCAGCCCGGGCCCGACAGAGCCCUCCUAGCUGGAGCCCUGCACCCCUCGCGGGGUAAGCCCCGCGGACCGAGGCGGCUAGAGCCGGGGCGCGUGCCGCGCACUUGUACCUCCGGGAGCAAAAGCCGCGUUGCAAGAGAAAUUACUGGGUAUCCUAAAUCUUUGAUCUACAAUGAGUGCCAAAUCUGCAAUCAGCAAAGAGAUUUUUGCACCCCUUGAUGAGCGGAUGCUGGGAGCUGUCCAAGUCAAGCGGAGGACAAAGAAAAAGAUUCCUUUCCUAGCAACUGGGGGUCAAGGCGAAUAUCUAACCUACAUCUGCCUGUCAGUGACAAACAAAAAGCCAACACAGGCAUCUAUCACAAAGGUCAAACAAUUUGAAGGCUCCACAUCUUUUGUACGAAGGUCUCAGUGGAUGCUUGACCAGCUUCGCCAGGUUAAUGGUAUUGAUCCUAACCGGGAUUCUGCAGAAUUUGAUUUGCUAUUUGAAAAUGCUUUUGACCAAUGGGUAGCCAGCACAGCUUCGGAAAAAUGUACCUUUUUCCAGAUUCUCCAUCACACCUGUCAGCGGUACCUCACAGACAAGAAGCCAGAAUUUAUUAAUUGUCAGUCCAAGAUUAUGGGAGGAAACAGCAUACUUCAUUCAGCAGCGGACAGUGUAACGAGUGCAGUGCAGAAGGCCAGCCAGGCCUUGAACGAGCGUGGGGAAAGGUUAGGUCGAGCAGAAGAAAAGACAGAAGACAUGAAGAACAGUGCCCAGCAGUUUGCUGAAACUGCCCACAAGCUUGCCAUGAAGCAUAAGUGCUGAAGUACUUACUGCCUAUCCUAAUGACCCUCCCAAGAGAAAUGGAAAAGAUUGGUUCAGCAGUUUUUACAAGAAUUCCAAAAUUCCACCUGCUUCUUGUUGCCAAUUCAUUGGAAAUUGGUUUGUGUUCUUUUCAGACAUUAGUAUUUGGGGGAGGGGUAAAGAUGUUGUGUUUUUACAUUUCUGUAGUGACCUUAAGAAAUGCUGCACUAUCUUCAAUUUGGGGGUGGGGAGAUUUUUUUUUUGGUCUUUCCCCCAAAAUGUCUUAGCUGUUUUGUUUCUAAGUAAGAAAAUUGGACCAAAUAACUUGAACAGGGUGAAAACUAGCAAAAUCUGGUUUUUUUCCCUGAUAUGAAACAGGAA